GAAAACUAUGAAAAUGCUUUUCAAUGGCGCAACCGGCAAUGUGCAGCAGGGUCAGGGCCAGGAGGAGGCCGCUCUAUUCGAACAGUGCUAUCUACUUGGCGAUGGUUCCAUCGGUCUGCGCAACCAUUCCAUCAACUUGUCCAAUCCGCCCCUGAAAUCGCGUUGCUGCAAUCUCCCAACGCUCAUCCACGACAUAUGCGCCAACUGCGUGAUGGAUCUCUGCGAGGAGUGUGGCUACUCCUGCGGCGAGUGCUCCAAGUUCAUUUGCCGCAACUGCGUGACUUUAUUUGGCAAUCGAGUUGAAGAAGAGGACGAUCCGCUGUGCGAGCACUGCCAGAUGUUCUUCAGCUAGGGCUUCACACAAUCAAGCACUCAUAAGCUCGCGGUGCUUGUUAAAUAUUAAGUUCUGAAGCAGUAUACAAAUUUGGCACGACUCAAUGUCAAAUGUAUUACUCCUUAAAUAAUAUAGAGCCAAAUACUUCUUAACACGAA